AUGCAGUCUUUCCCCUCCAAACGGAUCCCUGUGGUAUACAGCAUACCAGCUCCCAAUGAUUCUGAACAUGGAUCUGGGCAGAGUCCGAAUCUUCACCAUCUCCAGUCUCCUCAAGAAGAAAUCUCAUAUGUGCAGCAUUCUUUCUUCAAACAGAUGAAUUUGCAUUUCUGGAGAAGGUGGCUUCUAGGAAUGUUACCUCUGAUUUCCUUAGCAGUCACUGUACUCGUGUUGGUCCUGUACUAUUCAUUAUCUCCAGCAUUCUCCUUUAUCUAUAUUGGUGGAAGUGUAGAAAUACCUAACUUGACCUAUACAAAUGACCUCACUGAUCCAAAGUCACAGAAAUUUAUAAUGCAAGCAGAAGCAAUCCAGAACUAUUUUGCAGAACUAUAUGAGUCUUCUACGUUAGGGAAAUAUUACUUGAAAUCUGUUGUUGCUGCAUUUAGCGAAGGAGAAGAUGGUCUCCGAGCUUACUACUGGAAUAAAUUCUGGGCACCGCAAGAGAUAGUGCACUCUUUCAAAAAAUUAACCUCACUGAAACAUAAGGAAAUAAUCAGUAAACAUACACUUCAAACUACUAAUUCUUCUGCUGAAUCCUUUCCUGUGGAAGAGGAUUUUAAUCUCUUAACAAUGGAGCUUUUUGUUUCAGAUUCUUCAGACUAUGAUGUGACACUGAAGUCAGUAUCCUUCGACCUGUAUGCAAAGCCAGGUAACAACAGGACUUUAACUUUGAUGAAUCCCAAGAAAUCUUUUUAUCAGUGGAGGCUGCGUGUUCCUUCUAACUAUAUUGUGAGACUUGUAGUCCUUACUCUGCAUGGUGUCACUCCAGGGAGUUGUGCAUCACACAGAUUAUCUGCAUAUGAUUUUCUUCUUCCUCUUCAAAACAAGAUCAUUACAAGAUGGUGUGGAGUACCAGGGGCCUGGAGCCCUCCUGUCAUACGGUUAACUUCAUCAAGUAAUGUUAUGCUGGUCACCUUCUCACUGGACAGAAGAAAAGAGAGUAACAUGCUAAAAGCAUACUUCCAAGCUGUUCCUAAAGUUGUCUGUGGUGGGCGUUACAUCUCUUGGAAUGGGACAGUGAGUUCCCCUUAUUAUCCAAGCUACUAUCCACCAAACAUUGACUGCAGCUGGCUACUCAGAGCACCUCUGCCUGGAUAUAAGUUAUCACUAAAAAUCCUUGUCAUACAAAUUCAAGAGAAGUCUCCAGGGUCCAAUAAAUGUGAUAAGGACUGGUUAGAAAUUGAUGGAGUUAGAUAUUGUAAAGCUAUUGCUGAAAGCAACAGAAACAAGGAAUAUGGCUAUUCAGUUGCGAUUAAUUUCCAUUCAGAUGAACUGGUCACGCACAGAGGGUUUUAUAUUGAAUAUAAAGCUUUCAGUCACACAGAUCCAUGUCCUAAACAAUUUAAAUGUACAGACAGAACAUGCAUUCCUUUAAACAACCAAUGUGAUGGAUGGAAAGACUGCUCAGAUGGCAGUGAUGAAUUAGACUGUGGCUGUAGUCCAGAGGAGUCUAACUGUGGCGAUGGGAAGUGUAAACACCGUUCAAAGACAUGCAAAGGGGACGACAGUUGCGGAGAGGAUAGUGAUGAAAAUGAUUGCCCCUAUAAAAGUUGUUCCUCAUAUGCAUAUAAAUGCCUGAAUGGAAAAUGCCCCACAAAACCAAACCCAGAAUGUGAUGGAAUAACAGACUGUGGAGAUGGAUCUGAUGAAAUGAACUGUGCUUGUGGAAGAAUGCAGUUAAAAAAAACUAGAAUUGUUGGAGGUGAAGAUGCAAGAUCUGGAAAGUGGCCUUGGCAAGCAAGCUUGCAGAUGGGAAUGUAUGGCCAUAUUUGUGGUGCAUCUGUUGUUUCAAAUAGGUGGCUGUUAUCUGCUGCCCAUUGUUUUCUGGACUCUGAUUCUAUAAGAUACUCUGUGCCUUCUGGCUGGAAAGCAUAUAUGGGCAUAAGGAUCAUUAACAAAAACAGCAAUCAUGUAGCUAUGAGAUCAAUCAAAAGGAUUAUUGUCCAUCCACGGUAUGACCAAUAUAUCUCAGACUAUGACAUUGCCCUGUUGGAAAUGGAGACACCAGUAUUCUUCAGUGAGCUGGUUACCUUGCCAAAACACUGCAAGAAGCUAAAGUGAAAAUAAUUAAUCAAAGUAUUUGCAACAAGCUAUAUGAUGAUCUGAUUACAUCUCGAAUGCUGUGUGCUGGAAAUCUUAAUGGUGGCAUUGAUGCAUGCCAGGUAAAAGUGAAAACUGUAGGAAAACUACCAUUUUUUAAUUCCUUUGUAUAUCAGGAAUGUUUGGUUUUAAUGCAGUGAUGGAGCACAGUGUUUUGGUAAUGUGGUUAAUUAGUGACAAGGGAGGUAAGUUUGACAGGCAAUACUUGCAUCCUUUGAAACAUGGGUGGCAGGUGAAUUGCGGGCUCGGGGAGGCUAGCUCCUGGCCUGGCCUGCCCCUUCUGCCCAAGGCCCUGCCUCUCCUGCCAAAGCCCAGAGCCUCCUCCCCUCCCCCACCCUGCUCCAGGCCACCCAAGCACGUCCCCUUCCCCCCAGUGUGCUGGGUGGGCAAUAUGGCCCCCUCCCCCAGCCCUGGAGCACUGGGAGGGUGAGUGGGCAGUGCACCCCAGAGUGCCGGGUGGGUGGGCAGCGCAGCCCCCUCCCCCAGCCCCAGAGUGCAGGCUGCCCCCAUUAGUCCCAGUCUGGGCACCUGCCACAAGGAGAAGAGCCCCCUGCAGCACAGCGUGGAGAAGCAGGAACGGGUCUGGGGGUGGAGCAUGGAUGGGGCCACACAAGGCUGUCUGGGGAGGCUCAGCCUUCCCCUGCCUUUGAUACCCACCUCCCAUGCUUCGAAACAAAUGCUGCCUUUCAAAACAAUAGGUAAGAUCCAGUUUGUUGAGAUUGUUCUGCCAUAAGAGGGUUUUGGGUGAACAGGGAUAUAGGGAUGAAGGAGUUUGAGUUAGGGUUGUUUAUGGAAUCUCAAUGAUGAAUUUCUUAUUCUUGAACUCAUGGGCUAGUCACGGUGGAAUUCCCUCUUUUCAUCUCUUUCUACUGUCCCUGUACUGCUCUAUGACCAGCUGCUUGUUCAAUGGGAUGAUUGGCAGAAGAGAGGUAAGUCACCAUUCAUCUUCUUCUCUUCUCCUUUGCAUCCCCUUGUUGUUGCCAUUGUGUUCUAUUUGGGUUUGGCAGAAUUAGAUUUUCAUUUUUUAAAAUAAUUUUGAUGAAUUAUAUUUGUUUGUUUUAAGCAUUUUUUAUUUUUUAUCAAUUUUAAAUGUUUACACUUAGGGACAUUAUGGGGGGAGGGUGUCAGAGAAUAAUUGUGUAAUGACAGGAGACACUGAGAUUCAAAAAGUUAAAACUUUCUAAUAGUUAAAAAACAAAUUGUCAGCAUCACACAUCAAAACACACAAAGUAAACAUCCUUAGCGUUUGAUUUAAUACAUUCUUUCUUUGCCGAUCUGUAAAUUUUAAUUAUUAUUGCUGGAAAUAUUUUUUGUCUGUUUGUGGUGUAUAUUGUAAAACUGACAUUUACCAGCAUUCACUAAUAAAAAUCUAAUCCUCCCUCUUCCAUCGUCUUAGUUGUAAUGAAAUGUUACAACAUGAAUUGGAUGCAUAAACAAAUGUACAGCCACUGUCCAGAAAUAGAAAAUAUAAUAAUUUGAGGGAGAAAGUGUCUACUGUCCGUAUGUUACCUAAUCAUCUUAUUACAGUGCAAUGUGUUUGUUCUAAUGAUUGAACUGUAUCCUUUGCUUUAGGGUGAUUCUGGAGGUCCAUUGGCCUGCGUCGGAAAGGGAAAUAGAUGGUAUCUUGCCGGCAUUGUCAGCUGGGGUGAAGGAUGUGC